UUAGUGCUUUCUAUCGUCUUAAGGAGGUAUUUGGUGGAGAUUCUUUGAAGUUGGGUUCAGGAGUGUAGAAUUGGCAAAGUUAUUGUCAGCUUCCUGCAUCAACAACAGCAACUUGUGAUUGGCGGUGACCGGAUAUUCAGUUGCACAUCCCCACAUCAAUGCACUGCCAAUGAAGAGGAAACUGAGGCCUUGGACUAGAACAAAGGUCUCCUGACUCAGUCCAGGACUCUUUCUGUUACAUCUUGCUGCCUGAUAUUUGUCUUUAUGGAACUCAGCAACAUCACAUACAGGGGUUAUAUCCUGUGUUGUGACCUCAUGGUUUAAGUGGGAAUAAAGAUGAGUAUAAGCAGUGAUGAGGUCAACUUCUUGGUAUAUAGAUACUUGCAAGAGUCAGGAUUUUCUCAUUCAGCAUUUACCUUUGGUAUAGAAAGCCAUAUCAGUCAGUCCAAUAUAAAUGGUGCCCUCGUCCCACCUGCUGCAUUGAUUUCUAUCAUCCAGAAAGGUCUACAGUAUGUAGAAGCAGAAGUUAGUAUUAAUGAGGAUGGUACCUUGUUUGAUGGUCGACCAAUAGAGUCUCUGUCCCUGAUAGAUGCCGUAAUGCCUGAUGUAGUACAAACAAGACAACAAGCUUAUAGAGAUAAGCUUGCACAGCAACAGGCAGCAGCUGCUGCAGCUGCCGCAGCUGCAGCCAGCCAACAAGGAUCUGCAAAAAAUGGAGAAAACACAGCAAAUGGGGAAGAGAAUGGAGCACAUACUAUAGCAAAUAAUCAUACUGAUAUGAUGGAAGUGGAUGGGGAUGUUGAAAUCCCUCCUAAUAAAGCAGUUGUGUUGCGGGGCCAUGAAUCUGAAGUUUUCAUCUGUGCCUGGAACCCUGUUAGUGAUCUCCUAGCAUCAGGGUCUGGAGACUCAACAGCAAGAAUAUGGAAUCUUAGUGAGAACAGCACCAGUGGCUCUACACAGUUAGUACUUAGACAUUGUAUACGAGAAGGAGGGCAAGAUGUUCCAAGCAACAAGGAUGUCACAUCUCUAGAUUGGAAUAGUGAAGGUACACUUCUAGCAACUGGUUCCUAUGAUGGGUUUGCCAGAAUAUGGACUAAAGAUGGUAACCUUGCUAGCACCUUAGGGCAGCAUAAAGGCCCUAUAUUUGCAUUAAAAUGGAAUAAGAAAGGAAAUUUCAUCCUAAGUGCUGGAGUAGACAAGACUACAAUUAUUUGGGAUGCACAUACUGGUGAAGCCAAGCAACAGUUUCCUUUUCAUUCAGCACCAGCAUUGGAUGUUGAUUGGCAGAGCAACAACACCUUUGCUUCUUGUAGUACAGAUAUGUGCAUUCAUGUCUGUAAGUUAGGACAAGACAGACCUAUUAAAACAUUCCAAGGACAUACGAAUGAAGUAAAUGCUAUCAAAUGGGACCCAACUGGCAAUCUCCUGGCCUCCUGUUCUGAUGACAUGACUUUAAAGAUAUGGAGUAUGAAACAAGACAAUUGUGUCCAUGAUUUGCAAGCACAUAAUAAAGAAAUUUAUACUAUCAAAUGGAGUCCAACAGGACCAGGAACUAAUAAUCCAAAUGCCAACCUUAUGUUAGCAAGUGCAUCCUUUGAUUCUACUGUUAGGUUGUGGGAUGUAGACCGAGGGAUCUGCAUCCAUACCUUGACAAAACACCAAGAGCCUGUGUACAGUGUAGCUUUCAGUCCUGAUGGCAGGUAUCUGGCAAGUGGUUCUUUUGACAAAUGUGUACACAUCUGGAACACACAGACAGGUGCUCUAGUUCACAGCUAUAGGGGAACAGGUGGAAUUUUUGAAGUUUGCUGGAAUGCAGCAGGAGACAAAGUUGGAGCCAGUGCAUCAGAUGGUUCAGUUUGUGUAUUAGACCUUCGGAAAUAGCGCUACUAGUUGGAAGCCAUGGACCGACUAUGAAUGUGUACAUAGCCAAAAUGACUGUCCCUGACCCAUGUACUGCUAUAGUCCCACUUGAACCAUGGCCAGUCCACUACAGCCAAAUCUAAAAGAAAUAUAUACAUAAGUGUAUAUACACAAAAUUGCACCCUGAAGAUGACAGAGUUUUGUCACAGCUUGUGAAUUCUGUUCACCAAGUGCUGGAAUCUAAUCUGCUGUGCCCCUAAAAUAGCAUUUAGAAGUUUUGGAUAUGAAAAACAGAAGAGAGAAAAAUAUACAUUAUAAAAGCAGAACAUACAUGUACCAGUUUUUGGAUACUAAAUGACAGCCUUGUUUCUCCCCUUUGAAUCAGCAGACACCAUGGAUUAUAUUCUUUUUUCCCUUCAGUAGUGAGCAGUUUGUAUGUACAGAGAAAAUGGACUUACAGAAACUUGCAGCAGUAGUUUGUUCUUGCUUUAAAAUUUUGUUUUUGGUUUAGAUUAUGGAUGCAUGAAGUAAGGGAGUGAAUCAGUUUCUUGUUUAUAUUUUUUUCACCUUUUAAACAACAAAAAAUUCUUUAAAAUAUUUUAAUGCAUUCUUUUGAAGAGGUAGAUGUUUGGUACAUUUUAUGGCUCCCAGAGCAUAUAUUCAGUUGGUGCAUGUUGUGGAAGGGGGAAUUGGAAAUUAAAUGAAAACCUAUGACUUUGGUCAUGUCAAUCUGUAAGACACAUCAGUAAAAGGGUAUUAUGCUCUGUUGGUUUUGUUUUUUUGUUUUGCUUUUUUUUUUUUUUUUUUUCUGUUUUGUUUUUUGGUGAUGUGGCUUAAAUGCAAUAGUUUCUUUUUUGGGACAUAUUUCUGCCAAUUAAAGACUAGAAGGGCACAAUUUUUUUUUUAAAUUACCAUAGAGAAGAUACAUUAAAAAAAAAAAUCUUCUGAUGUUUUGUAGCCAUAACUAAAUUAUGGUAAAAGUGUGCACUAUUGUGAAAAGGAGCAAAGUAGUUUUGGGUUUUUUGUUGUUUGUUUGUUUUGCUUUGUUUUUUAAGAGAUUAAAAUGUUUCUGGAUAAGGAUUAGCUUCUCAAAGUGUCCAUCAUUCUGUGUAGAAGCUUAAAUAUGUAAAUGUAACCAACCUCCAGUAUUAAAAAUCUCUCAUGUUGUUUUCUUUAUACAAAGCAAGAUAACGGCAUAUAACACUGCCAUUACAUGGCAAAAUGUUUGCUACCUUAGUUUAAAAAACAAUCUCAAACAAAAGACUUGCUUCAAGGUGUUUUUAAAUAGCAGUGAUUCAGAAUUUUUUUUAUGAAAAUAUAAUUGCACUAACCUUCUUCCUGCUGCUCUGAUUCUGCAUUUGUGGUACUUGUGACUACGUUUUUUCAAAUAUAGAUCGAUUUAAGCUGCUAAUUUUUUUUUUCAGUAAUCACUACUAUAUCAUGUCUUUUACUCUGUUUAUAAUAUCAAGUAUUUUCUUAAAGAUAUAGAUAUUAAAUUAAACCUUGUGCUCAUGCAAGUUAGAGUAACAUAUACAAAUGAUUGCAUGAGGCCAUGUUUAUAUGUGUGACUAAUAAGGCUUGUCAUGAUUAACAUAAUCCAGGUAUGUCAUUUCUGAAGAGAAUAGUCAUCAAAUUUAUAUCUCAAAGAUUUUAAUUAAGGAAUUGCUUAUUGUUGAGCUUAGCAAAUUAAUAACACUAUUUCUGUCACUAAUUAUUUUGAGGCCUUUUAGUACUAAAAUUUUAACCUGUGUUCUAAGUUUAGGUAGAAACUGAUUUAACCCAAGUAAUGCAGCUUUGAUUUUCAGCAUUUGUUGCUUUGCUAUUUUUACAAAACAGCAUUGAUUGAAGCAAGUCUUCGUUUUACUAAGGUAGGGUAGCAUUUGCUAUUGGUAAAGAGAAUAAAUACACUUAAUUUCACAAUACAUUGUUAUAUGUACCCCAGUUGUUGUUAGUGGGGACUAUGAUACUGUAAUAAUAUUUUUAAAAAUUUACAUCCAGAGAGGCAGUCAUUCACGAUGGUUUUGUGCCAGCUCUUUUUAGGGUUUUGGAUCACAUUAGAGAUAUUUAGAACAUAUUACCAUGUGACUUACGUAGGAAACCUAAUAUGCUGAAUAUCUGGCACUUGAAUUCCUGCUUUUAUUGCUGGAGGUCCACAUCUGUGGUUGACCUCUGUUACUGUUUAAAAAAAAUAAAAAUAAAAAAAAUCUGUGCAA